AUGGCUCAGGCGAACGUGACCCAGGAGAAGCGGAUCCUGUCCAUCCAGUCGCACGUCGUCUGCGGCUACGUUGGUAACAAGAGUGCAUCCUUCCCGCUCCAGCUCCUGGGCUGGGAGGUCGAUGCGGCUCUGACAGUCUCGUUCAGCAACCACACGGGUUACGGACGAUGGGGCGGAUCCAAGUUUGACGCCGCGCAUCUCGAGGACGUUUUCAGCGCUCUCGACGCAAAUGGCUUGCUUCGACAGUCGCACGUCUUGACCGGCUACGUCCCAGGCGCCGACGCGCUCAAGGUCGUCGUUCGCGCCGUCGACCGGCUACGGGCCAUCAACCCCUCGCUCGUCUACAUCCUCGACCCCGUCAUGGGCGACGAUGGCCGCAUCUACGUCUCCGAGUCGGUCAUCCCGAUAUACAAGGCGCUCCUCCCUCGGGCGACGUGCGCGACGCCGAACUACUUCGAAGCGGAACUCUUGACCGACAUCAAGAUCCUCGACGCGACGUCCCUCCAGCUGGCUCUGCGGACGUUCCACGAGCGGUACCGGACACCCAACAUCGUCGUCUCGGCCGUCUCGCUCCCGUUGUCCGAGCUCGUCAAGCUCGGAUUCGUCGACGCACCCGCCUUGAGCACCUCGUCCUCGACUUCACGCAUGCUCGUAUGCGCUGGCUCGACGCUCCUUUCGGCGCCUGGUGAACCCCUCAAGACGACGUCUUUCGGCAUCGCCUUUCCCGAACUUGCCGAGCAUUACGAAGGCGUUGGCGACGUCUUCUCCGCCCUCGUCGCCGGUCGAUUCCCUUCCGCCUCCGACCCAGCCUUUUCCGAUCACCCGAUCUCGCCCCUCGCACGAACAGUCGAGUUGGCCAUCGCCUCGCUCCAGGGCAUUCUCGCCAAGACGCGGCAGCACGCCCUCUCGCUCGCGAAAGGUCGCGCGGACCUCAUCGUCCCCCGAGAAGGCGAGAGCGCCGAGGAGCGGGUCCGGAGACUACGCACGGUCGAGUUGCGCCUCGUCCAGAGCCAGCAUGAGAUCCUCAACCCCGACGUCAAGUACCGCGCCGUGCGCUUCUCGGGCAUUUAG